AUGGCGGAGAAUGUGACCUGCGAGGUGAAGAUCUGCGAGCCCGGGGGCCGGGGCCUUUUCCUGCCGCUCUUCUCCGGCGAACAGGCGUGGGAUAGCACGCUGCGAGGGGUGCUCUACCUGCUGGGCCUUUUGUGGGCCUUUGUGGGGGUCGCCAUCGUGGCGGAUGUGUUCAUGAGCUCCAUAGAGACGAUCACCUCGAAAAAGAGGCGUGUGGUGGAUCCCAAAACGGGACGCAGCUUCACGUACAAGGUGUGGAACGACACUGUCUCGAAUCUGACGCUCAUGGCCUUGGGCUCCAGCGCCCCGGAGAUCCUACUGAGCGUCAUCGAGCUGAUCGGCGCGAGGUUCUUCAGUGGCGCGCUGGGGCCUUCCACCAUUGUAGGCAGUGCAGCGUUUAACCUCCUGGUGAUCUCCGCAGUUUGUGUGAUGGCAAUCCCGUCCCCAGAAGUGCGGUUCAUCAAGGAGGUGCCGGUGUUCGCCAUCACGGCGAGCUUCUCCCUGAUAGCUUACCUUUGGCUGAUGUUCAUGGUAAUCGUCAUCAGCAAGGACGUGGUGGACAUAUGGGAAGGCCUAGUGACCUUCGCCAUGUUCCCAAUCCUUGUUGGCUUGGCCUUCCUAGCGGACAAAGGCUACUUCACCAGGAAGCCUCCUGAGGAGAAGGCUCACUUUGGGCCAAGCGGCACUCGUCUCUUCGAUGACAUGAACAGAGAGGAGCUGGCCGCGGCCGAGGUGAAGCUCAAAAAGGAGUAUGGCCUGGAGCUGUCGGACGAGCAGAUCGCCAAGCUGUUGGAGAAAGAGGAGCCGGUGCACAAGUCCAAGGCGGCAUACCGCGUGGCUGCCACCCGGGGCAUCUUCGGUGGAAAGCGGGUCGGGGAGAAGGUCGAGAAGCCGAUCGCGCCGUUGAGUGCGGUGGUGCCGACCGAGGCGCUGCCGCCACCCAAAGGCGUGCCCAGCCGCGAAGCACCGAUGCCCAAGGCCACUGGCACUGUGGAGUUCGCGGCCCGGAACUUUGCGGUGUCCGAGAGCAUCGGCGUGGUGAAGCUCCGCGUGAAGCGCGGGGGGGACCUCAAGCAGAAGGUCACGGUGCACUACGAGACGGAGGAUGGCGGGGCCAAGGCGGGCCAGGACUACGUGGAGAAGCAGGGGGAGGUCACCUUCAAAGAAGGCGACGCGGAAGUGGUCAUCGAGGUAGAAAUCCUGGAUGACAACAAGUUCGAGGAAGAUGAGGACUUUUUUGUGAACCUCAAAGCGGCAGAAGGCGUCCUGGGCCCGGGCAGCCGUGCAAGGAUAGUCAUCAUCGACGACGAUCAUCCCGGCGUCCUGUCCUUCGAAAAGGACGUCUACGAGGUGAAAGAGGAGGUGCAGGAUGUGGUCAUAAACGUGCAGGUGAAGCGCAGUGCUGGCUGCAAUGGUCGAGUCACUUGCAAGUUCACCACGGAAGCGGCGAGUGCCACCCAGGGCUACGACUAUGUCCACACGGAGGGCGAGCUGGUCUUCGAGGAUGGCGCCACGAGCCAGGAGAUCCCUUUGACGAUCUGCUCCAAGGGCCGCUACUUCGGCAAGGAGGAGUUCCGGCUCGUGCUCAGCGAGCCCGAGGGAGGAGCAGCCUUGGACCACAGCCGCGACGGGGGGCCAGAGCAGAACAUCGCAACCAUUGUGAUCCUGCCCAACGAGGUCUGCCGGAACAGCGUGGACCGGGUCGCCAGCCUGCUGCGCAUCAACCGGGACAAGGCGGCGUUGGGCGCCGCCAACUGGAAGGAGCAGCUUUGGAGUGCGGUUCUGGUCAACGGCGGCGACGAGGAGGAGCAGCCGGGUGUCUAUGACUGGGUUAUGCAUAUCAUCUCGGUCUUCUGGAAGGUGAUCUUCGCGCUGAUCCCGCCGCCGGACUACUGCGGGGGCUGGGCCUGCUUCUGCUGCUCUCUGGGCAUGAUCGGCCUGGUCACUGCCUUGGUGGCGGACCUGGCGGGGCUCCUGGGGUGCGUGGUGGGCCUGGGCGACUCCAUUACUGCCAUUACACUCGUGGCGCUGGGCACCUCCCUGCCGGACACCUUCGCCUCGAAGACCGCGGCGCAGCAGGAUCCCUACGCGGAUGCCUCCAUCGGCAACAUCACGGGCAGCAACUCGGUGAACGUCUUCUUGGGCCUCGGCCUGCCUUGGUCCAUCGGCGCCAUGUACUGGGCUGCGAUGGGCCAGACCCCGGAGUGGGUGGAGAGAUACUCCACCGAGGCUCGCAUCGACUUCGAGUCCUUGCGAAGCACGGGGCGGGGCCAGUUCGUGGUGGUGGGCGGCGACCUUGGCUUUAGCGUCGGCGUUUUCACUGGUCUGGCUGUGGUCUGCAUCGCGACGCUCAUCCUGAGGCGAUUCCUCUUCGGUGGCGAGCUUGGCGGGCCCAAAGUCCCGAAGAUGCUGACCGGAGGAUACGGAGAAAUGGUGGCCGAGGCGUUGAACAUGAACUCUGAUCAACUGUGUCCCAUUUGGAUUGUGUACCUCGAAAUCGAAGAAUCAUUGCGCUUUGGAUCAGAGAAGUGGAUACCACAGAAGUGCAUUGCGCUUUGGAUCAGCACAGUUGCUCUAAGAACCGAGGCCUGGAGCAUUGUGAACAACAAAGGCUCCGGGCCGCCGCUGCAGAUGCAGCAGCAGCUCAACGACCUGGACGAGAUGGAGGUCAUCGCUGCCCAGCGCAGCAGCGAGAUUGCCCAGAUCGCCUCAUCGGUGGUGGAGCUGAACCGCAUCUUCAAGGACCUGGCCACGCUCGUGAUUGACCAGGGCUCCGUGCUGGAUCGCAUCGACUGCAACACGGAGAAGAUCUAUCAGAAGUCCCACGAGGCGAAGGGCCAGCUGCACCUAGCGGUGAAGCGGAAGAAGGAGAGUGAUAGCAGAGCGUGGAGGUGCUUGCUGGUCUGGGGCUCGGCGGAUCUGAUCCUCCUGAUCGUCUUGCUGGUGAAGUACCAGUUGAAGUACGGCUUGAAGAACGUUGCCAUCUUCCUGGCGGUCAUCGGCUUGAUACUGACCGUGUGCUACUGCGGCGUGAAGCAGUACCAGCCCAAGGUCCUCACAGAGGGCCCGUCGUACUUCGAGAAGGUCAUCCCAGAAGGGUGGCGCCCGGAGGAUAUCUGGAAGAAGAUCCGGCCUGGGCCAGUGAAUUCCGCCAAGAUGGGCAUGCAAGCCAUGCGGGGCGGGCCAGCAGAGCCGGGCCUGGCAGGGCGCAGCAUUCACGAGGUGAAGGACCUGGGCCUCGCGGAGCAGCUCUACCUCUACGAGCGCACCCGGCGCUUCAAGGCCCGGAAGCGCGUCCAAACGGAGGACGUGAGACCACUUUGCGAGAUCUCUGAUGCGGACGUGGAAGAGCGGGUGGACAAUCCGGACUCGACGGUGUACCUCAUCUUCAUGGAGGGCUCCACGCGUACGCGGGAGUCGCUGCGGAACGCGGCGGUGUACCAUGGCGUGAAGGUGAAUGAGUUUCAGGCUGAGAGCUCCAGCUUCCAGAAGAACGAGACCAUCACGGACACCGUGAAGAUGCUGUCUGUGUACUCCACCCAACGCAGCGUCUUCAUCAUCAGAAGCGCGCUAGAGGGGGUUUGCAGCUGGCUUCGCACUGCCAUGGGCGCGCACGCGCAGAGGAUGGGAGUGCCAAACCCAUCCUUCGUGAAUGCGGGCGACGGCCUUUUUACUCACCCCAUCGGCGAAUUUGUCGACAUUUUCUCACUCUUGGAGCACAGGAGGUGGGAUCGAUCCGCGGUCCAUUUGGCGCUGGUGGGCGACUUGGCGCAUGGGCGAACUGCCCACUCGAAGGUGGAGGGGCUCAAGGUCUUUGACAAGGUCCGGGUGGACCUGGUGGCCCCGGAGAUCUUCGAGUACCCGGUGGAGUACCGGGACAGGAUGCGGCAAGCGGGCUUCGAGGUGCAGGAGUUCUCUUCCGUGGAGGAUUACCUGGAGAAGUCGAAGGACAUCGCAGACGUGUGGUACUUCUACAAACCGCAGUUCUCCAAGUGCGGCGACCUGAGCUCCCUGCGGCUGAACGAGCUGCGCUCACAGGUGUCGUUCCGAGAGGAAUGGCUCCCGAAGUUGCCUAAAGGUGUGACCUUUUUUCAGACCCUGCCCCGGGACAAGGAGCAUCCCAUCAUUCCGCUGUCCUUGGACACGCUUUCCAUCAACGGCUGGGACACGGUGGCCGCGAACGCUUAUUUCCUGGAUGUGGUGCUUCUCAGCAUGCUCUUCGGGAAGAUCGGGCGGGACCUCGCGCAGCCCAGCAUGGAAAGCUCGCUUCUAACUGGCGGCGAGGUUGGAGGGCCGCAGCUUGCCUUCUGUGCCAGCGCUGAGCUUCCUUACUUCAUCAAGGAGGUGGCUCUGGAGAAGGACGCGCAUCUCCGAAAUCCAGAGCGCGCUCGCGCGGGGGGCCCGGUGCCCAUCAGCGACGGCUGCGUCCUGGAUCACCUGGGCCUCGGCCCAGACUCCACCAAGUGCUGGGAGGCCUUGCGCAAGGUGCGCACCAUCCUGGGCUGGUCCAAGACCGUCGGCAGCGAGGGCGUCUACAGCUCGAAGGGCAACCCGGGCUUUUUCAAAGGCAUCCUCACCUUGCCGGGCUUCGACUACAAGUGCUUGCGGGUGCAAGAGGUCAAGAUGAUGGCGUCGGUGGCGCCGGGCUGUACCUUCAACUGCGUGAACGGCUCCAAGGUGGUGGCGAAGUAUCGGCUGCAGGUGCCCGAGCGGAUCGACAACCUUCCGAACAUCAGCUGCAAGAAUAGCCUUUGUGUGUCCCACCCGAAGAACCGUCAGAGAGAGAUCGUGCCGUACCUGGAGCGGGUGCCAUACUACGUGUCAAGCGUGUUGCCGAACUGCCCGGAAUGCCAGCACUUGUACGUGUGCAAGUGGUGCCGCUGGCCGCACAUCUACGAAAACAUUUGGGACGACCUGCGGCAGCGCCAGUGA